UAAACGAUACGCUUUGACGAUCCAAAAUGGCCACCUCUAUAGUAAGGUAGCAGUUCAACUACACGAGAUCAACGUAAAAAUACACAUUGAACAAUUGGAAAUGUUUUUUAAAGAUGUGCCCAUCAGGGAGUCCUAGUUUAAAUUUAAUGGGGUUGUGAAAAAGCAGAGUUUGAUUUUGAGCAAAUUAUGUUUUUCAUGUAGCAUAAUAGCAUGUAUGCUAAUUUAGCCGAGUCUUAGAAUAUUUUGGAAUAAAUUCUUCGAAUAUCUGAACAAUGUUGGGGUUUCUGGCAGCAAGGCAGACGGGAUUGGAUGAUCCUCUAAGACUGCGGCGUGCUGAGUCAACAAGGAGGGUUUUUGGUCUGGAGUUGAAUCCUGACAGAGAUGUGGACCAAGUCCAUGGAAACGGAAUUAAUACAAUAGACAUCGAAGCAGUUGAAGGCAGAUAUAUGUUGUCUGGAGGUUCAGAUGGCGUGAUUGUUAUUUAUGACCUGGAAAACUACAGCGGGAAACCGCAGUACACCUGCAAAGCAGUCUGCACAAUUGGCAGGUCAAACCGUUAUGUUCACAAAUUCAGUGUUGAAACGGUCCAAUGGUAUCCUUAUGACACUGGCAUGAUUGUCUCCAGUUCCUUUGAUAAGACCAUGAAGGUCUGGGACACAGAAACUCUAAAGCCUGCUGAGGUGUUUGAGUUUGAGGGAAAUGUCUACAGUCACCACUUGUCUCCCAUUGCUAGAAAACACAGUCUCAUUGCAGUUGGCACCAAAUACCCUAAAAUCCAGCUGUGUGACCUGAAGUCUGGUUCACGAACUCAUGUUCUGCAAGGUCACAGAGCAGAGGUCCUCUCUGUGCGAUGGUCGCCCAGAUACGAACACAUCUUGGCUACAGCCAGUGCAGACAGCAAGGUGAAAGUAUGGGAUGUACGCCGGGCUACAGGUAGCCUCUUCACUCUGGACCAGCACAAUGGAGACAAAUCCAAAGCCUCCUCAGAGGCAGUUAACACUGCACAUAACGGCAGAGUGAAUGGCCUCUGCUUCACUGGUGACGGACUCUACAUCCUCACUACUGGAACUGAUGACCGUAUGAGACUUUGGAACAGUGCCACUGGAGAAAACACGCUGGUGAAUUAUGGUAAAGUCUGCAACGAGAGUCGUAAGAAGGUGCAGUUCACUGUGUCACGCGGCUGCAGCCCAGAAUUUGUGUUCGUGCCAUGUGGCAGCUCCAUCGCAGUGUACGCCCUCCACACGGGGGAGCUGGUCACGAUGCUACGGGGUCACUACAACAAUGUAGACUGCUGCGAGUUUCACCCGGACUAUCAGGAGCUGUAUAGUGGAGGGAAAGACUGUAACAUCCUGGCGUGGGUUCCUGUUCUCCGUGUAUCAGACAUGGAAGAAAAGUCCAGGAACUCAAAUAAUAAGGUUGCUGCCGACCAGACACCAGUGGACCCUGCCUUUCAGGAUGCUUGGAGCAGCGAUGAAGAUUAAUGCUGAUGUAUUUAUGUGUAUAAACAACACAAACAUUGUUUUCUUUUGUUUUUGUUGUGCCAUAACAUUGAAGUGAACAUGUGUACAUGUAAAGAAUGUUUCCUUUUGUAAAGUUGAUGGAACAUUGUAUGAUUUGUAAGAUUUAUUUAAAUGUAUGUAAAAAAAA